AUGUCGGUGAAGAAAAGCUGCAAGCACCAAAUUGUGGACAAAGCCCUAGAAGAGCCAAAGUAUAGCUCACUGUAUGCUCAGCUAUGUCUGCGAUUGGCAGAAGAUGCACCAAACUUUGAUGGCCCAGCAGCAGAGGGUCAGCCAGGACAGAAGCAAAGCACAACAUUCAGACGCCUCUUGAUUUCCAAAUUGCAAGAUGAAUUUGAAAACCGAACUAGAAAUGUUGAUGUCUAUGAUAAGCGUGAAAAUCCCCUCCUCCCUGAGGAGGAGGAACAGAGAGCCAUUGCUAAGAUCAAGAUGUUGGGAAACAUCAAAUUCAUUGGAGAGCUUGGCAAGCUUGAUCUUAUUCAUGAAUCUAUCCUUCAUAAGUGCAUCAAAACACUUUUGGAAAAGAAGAAGAGAGUCCAACUCAAAGAUAUGGGAGAGGAUUUGGAGUGCCUCUGUCAGAUAAUGAGGACAGUGGGACCUCGAUUAGACCAUGAACGAGCCAAGUCCUUAAUGGAUCAGUACUUUGCCAGAAUGUGUUCCUUAAUGCUAAGUAAGGAAUUGCCAGCAAGGAUUCGUUUCCUACUGCAGGAUACCGUAGAGUUGCGAGAACACCAUUGGGUUCCUCGCAAGGCUUUUCUUGACAAUGGACCAAAGACGAUCAAUCAAAUCCGUCAAGAUGCAGUAAAAGAUCUAGGAGUGUUUAUUCCUGCUCCUAUGGCUCAAGGGAGAAAUGACUUCUUCCUGGAGGGACCGUUCAUGCCUCCAAGGAUGAAAAUGGAUAGGGACCCACUCGGGGGACUGGCAGAUAUGUUUGGACAAAUGCCAGGUAGUGGAAUUGGUACUGGUCCAGGAGUUAUCCAGGAUAGAUUUUCACCCACAAUGGGACGUCAUCGUUCAAAUCAGCUCUUCAAUGGCCAUGGGGGACACAUCAUGCCUCCCACGCAAUCGCAGUUUGGAGAAAUGGGGGGCAAGUUUAUGAAGAGCCAGGGGCUAAGCCAGCUCUACCAUAACCAGAGUCAGGGACUCUUAUCCCAGCUGCAAGGACAGUCGAAGGAUAUGCCACCUCGGUUUUCUAAGAAAGGACAGCUUAAUGCAGAUGAGAUUAGUUUGAGGCCUGCUCAGUCGUUCCUAAUGAAUAAAAAUCAGGUGCCAAAGCUUCAGCCCCAGAUAACUAUGAUUCCUCCCAGUGCACAGCCACCACGCACUCAAACACCACCUCUGGGACAGACACCUCAACUUGGUCUCAAAACUAAUCCACCACUUAUCCAGGAAAAGCCUGCCAAGACUAGCAAAAAGCCACCACCAUCAAAGGAAGAACUUCUUAAACUGACUGAAGCCAUUGUGACUGAGUAUCUGAACAGUGGAAAUGCAAACGAGGCUGUCAAUGGUGUAAGAGAAAUGAGAGCUCCAAAACACUUUCUUCCUGAGAUGUUAAGCAAAGUGAUCAUCCUGUCACUUGAUAGAAGUGAUGACGAUAAAGAAAAAGCAAGCUCUUUGAUCAGUUUACUCAAGCAGGAAGGAAUAGCCACAAGUGACAACUUCAUGCAGGCUUUCCUAAACGUAUUGGAGCAGUGCCCCAAACUGGAGGUUGACAUCCCCUUGGUGAAAUCUUACUUGGCACAGUUUGCAGCCCGUGCUAUAAUUUCAGAGUUGGUGAGCAUUUCAGAACUAGCUCAACCACUGGAGAGUGGCACCCACUUCCCUCUCUUCUUACUUUGUCUUCAACAAUUAGCUAAAUUACAAGAUCGAGAAUGGUUAACCGAACUUUUUCAACAAAGUAAGGUCAAUAUGCAGAAAAUGCUGCCAGAAAUUGAUCAGAAUAAGGAUCGAAUGUUGGAGAUUCUGGAAGGAAAGGGACUGAGUUUCUUAUUCCCACUCCUUAAAUUGGAGAAGGAACUAUUGAAACAAAUUAAGCUGGAUCCAUCCCCUCAAACUAUAUAUAAAUGGAUUAAAGAUAACAUCUCUCCCAAACUUCAUGUAGAUAAAGGAUUUGUGAACAUCUUAAUGACCAGCUUCUUACAGUACAUUUCUAGUGAAGUAAGCCCACCCAGCGAUGAAACAGAUUCUUCCUCUGCUCCUUCCAAAGAACAGUUAGAGCAGGAAAAACAGCUGCUGCUCUCUUUCAAGCCAGUGAUGCAGAAAUUUCUUCAUGAUCAUGUGGAUCUACAGGUCAGUGCCCUGUAUGCUCUGCAGGUGCACUGUUACAACAGCAGCUUCCCAAAAGGCAUGUUACUUCGAUUUUUUGUUCAUUUCUAUGAUAUGGAAAUUAUUGAAGAGGAAGCUUUCUUGGCUUGGAAGGAAGACAUAACUCAAGAGUUUCCAGGAAAAGGCAAGGCUUUGUUCCAGGUGAAUCAGUGGCUAACCUGGCUAGAAACUGCUGAAGAAGAAGAAUCAGAGGAAGAAGCUGACUAAAGAACCAGCCAAAGCCUUAAAUUGUGCAAAACAUACUGUUGCUAUGAUGUAACUGCAUUUGACCUAACCACUGCGAAAAUUCAUUCCGCUGUAACGUUUUUCACAAUAUUUAAAGCAGAAGCACGUCAGUAAGGUUUCCUUCUGCAUAAGGUUUUUGUAGUGUGAUGUCUUAAUCAUAGUCUACCAUCAAAUACUUUAGGAGUAUCCUUAAUGUUUAGAUAGAAUAUUAGCAGCAUGCAAUAAUUACAUCCUAAGUUCUCAAGCAGAGGCAGUCUAUUGCAAGGACCUUCUUUGCUGCCAGUUACCAUAGGCUGUUUUAAGUUAGAAAACUGAAUAGCAACACUGAAUACUGUAGAGAUGCACUUUGCUCAGUAAUACUUGAGUUGUUGCAAUAUUUGAUUAUCCAUUUGGUUGUUACAGAAAAAUUCUUAACUGUAAUUGAUGGUUGUUGCCGUAAUAGUAUAUUGCCUGUAUUUCUACCUCUAGUAAUGGGCUUUAUGUGCUAGAUUUUAAUAUCCUUGAGCCUGGGCAAGUGCACAAGUCUUUUUAAAAGAAACAUGGUUUACUUGCACAAAACUGAUCAGUUUUGAGAGAUCAUUAAUGCCCUUGAAGUGGUUUUUGUGGGUGUGAAACAAAUGGUGAGAAUUUGAAUUGGUCCCUCUUAUUAUAGUAUUGAAAUUAAGUCUACUUAAUUUAUCAAGUCAUGUUCAUGCCCUGAUUUUAUAUACUUGUAUCUAUCAAUAAACAUUGUGAUACUUGA